AUGAUUCUCAUCAAUGACGUGAAAUACUCGUGUCUGGAAUGCAUUAGAGGUCACAGAUCAUCAUCAUGCAAACACCAUACACGGCCUUUGCUUCAGGUUCGCUCCAAAGGACGACCGGGCUGCUACGCAAAUGGUAAUCCAAAUCAUCGAGUAGCCGUUUUUGCACAGGAGAUCUUGGCAACGCCAGACGAUUCAUCGGAGUCAAGCUCGCCGAAAUCUGGUUCCUUGUCACCUGCCACCACCGGAAAUUCAACCACAACCUCAUCUAGCUCAACAGUGGCUUCUACUGCUAAUAGCGAGAAAUUGCUGCCUAUUAUCAUCUUGAAAGCUUCAUCGAAACAAGUUAUCGAUCUCACUAGUGGCCAGAUUGUGGGACCAUACGACGAGUCUCAACUAAAGCAAUAUAUUGCAGAAAAGGCCCCUCCUCAGCAGCCAGUGAUCAACGAUGAUAGUUUUAUAGUUACAACAUCUGGACAAUUGCCAAAAAUUAACAAGAAGAAUGGAGGCGGAGGAUGUGCAUGUAACAAGAAAAAAACUGUUAAUAAGUCAAAGAUACUUGAGUCAUAUAUUAAGAAGCGAUUAGAAAAGGACCAACAACAGAUUAAACAUGAGACGAGCUGCUGCAGCGGCAAGAACAGGAAUGUCAACGGCAGCAGAAAUGAGAAUAUCUGCAGCAGUAGCAGUAACAGUGGCAGCAAUAACAGUAGCAGCAGCUGCAACAACAGCAGCAACAGCAACAGCAACACUAUAGACACACAUAACAAUAGUUAUAUAAAUCAAUUUUCAUCAAUAAAAACAGGGCCACCAUCUCUGCGACCGGUCGAUCAGUUGGGCUCAGUACCUGGUAUACUUGAACCAAUAUUUGAAAUGAUACCACUCAGAGGAUGCUCAGUACCUGGCACCUGUUGCUGUGACAGCAAUUGCUCGUGUCAAGGUUGUGUGGUUCAUGGAAAUAAAAAGGGAAUAUCCCCAGUUCCAGCGUUUGACACAAUUUCAGAUCUAGACGUCUCGCAAUUCAACAGCAAUAUCAACGACAACGACAGCGAGAACAACAAUGUCGUAGUUGAUGCUAAUUACAACGGUAGUGGCGAAAAUCUUGUAUUCAACAUUGUUCCAAAUAUGCACACAUCAGUGCAGCUCGCCCCUCCCAAACCUAUGAACAGUUUUGUUGCACCAGUACUGCAUUUGCAACCUACGCAGUCAAUAAAUUUUGCGCCGUCAGAAGAGUCGGGGGCUGUUUUCACAGCUUUGGCUCAACCGCAACUUGGUUUUCACGAAGGUACACAGCCAUCCUCAUUUUUAUCAUCCUCGUCGUCAGACUCACCUGGAAACUGUUGCACAUGUCCACCAAACCAAUGUGAAUGUUUAAACUGUGAAACGCACGGCAUCCUUAACGGAUACAAAUUAGACGAGUAUUUUCUGGACCCCGAGAAGUUGAUGAAUGCACUUGCUUCAGAUUUUUACUUUGACGACUUAACACAGCCUUUUUUUGUGCAACAACCGCACCAACAACAACAACAGCAGCUGUUGCCGCAACAGCAAUUAUCUCGGCAAAUAUCCGAGCAACAACACAAUUCUACAACUUCUUCUCUUUACAACGGUGCAGAAAACGCUAAUUAUAACCCAAAUGUCGUAGACCCGUUGGAUCGCACCAGCUUGACCUCACAAACUAAUCGUUCAUUGUACAACGAUUACAACACUAACAACGAUAUCACUGUUGCAACUACAUCGGUUGAUGCUGGCAAUCAACUGCAAAAUAAAGCUUGUUGCUCAAAAAAGAAUUUUGCAUAG